AUGGUCUAAUUCAGUUCCAAAGGAAACUAGCCGUCCUAAAAAAGGCCCAAACCGGAAGGACGUCCAAGAGAGAGAUAGCCAAAACAAGAAGCGGCUACGCCGCAUUUUCCGCAUUCCUACACUAUUGCCGUAUGCUACUUGUUGCUCCAUCACCCCUACCGACCUAAAAAGUCAGGUGUUAACUAUCGGGGCGCUUUAAACUUCUUUAUAAUGCACUUUUAUUCAUAUAGAAAAGCUUCAAUGCUGGUUUAAACGUCUUUAACAAAAGACAAUCCAAUUCGCGUUCCAUCUGAUCCGUAAAUCUCAUUCCAUUGCGCAAUUAGUGGCAACGCCAAACGGACAGUGUUGCCGGGUGGUAGGGCAAAACUGACAGGUUAUUUCAAUGAAUCAAGCAGACAGGUUAUAGUAAGGACGUUAAAAUUUCUAAAAAGUGACCAACAAAUCGAUUGAUCCAUAUGGAAAGCAGGUUCAGAUCGUCGGAACAAGAACCACAAGCAGCACAGUUCUAAGCCUGCAAAGAACCGUGAUUAGGGAAGAAUAUGGCAGACAGAUUAGGCCUGGGGACUGAAGAGAGGAUCUUGAAAAUAGGCCAGAGUUUCACAAAUCCCCGUUCAAAGGCCUUCCACACGCUUAGAUAUGAUUUCAAGCCCGCCUCAGUGGACACCAGCAAGAAGGCCCAGGUCGAUGUGGGAGACAACCAUCAAGUAACAAUCAAUGUGCCACAUUUGGAUGGGGCAGGAACCACUCAGACGGUGUUCAAAGGUUCCCAGCGGCCAUAUACGAAGGAAUGCGUCCUGAUCAUUGAUCGGACGACUGGCGAAAUUACUCUGGAGAAGUUAUCGUGCAAUAUCCAAGUGAAGAAAACCAGGAGCAAAGUCGUCAAGGCCCCAAUGGCUCAAGAUCGAAGCGUCCCUGGAACCAGCUCAGCAGCCUCAAGUCUGGCACAGCGAGCAGCAACGCCGCCCAUUCCGAACGGCGUUGGAAGCCGCGUGUCGAGCAAAACGCGCGUAACUUCCGGAAGCCGACGCCCCGACCGCCAAAUCACGCAACUUUUGCCUAAACACUCGCCCCCUAGGGUCAGCCCCAACCACCCGUCCCCUGCCAUUGCCAAUCAGCGAAGCCCCGCCCGACAAAGGGACAAUUUUAGCACCAAUACAGAGACUUACAAUCCAAGCGCCCUGGCCAGCUUGCCCAUGAUAGGAAUGGACGAUUUUGGGGAUCCGGCGCCCCCGAUCCAGCCGCCUGCUGGUCGCUUGGCGCCCGCUCCUGCUCCUGCGCCCGCUCCUAGUAACAAUGGAAAGAACUUGUCGCCCAUGUCCGAUGGUAGCGAUAACCGGAACCCCCCCGUUGGCACCAUCAGCGACAGUUCCAGCUCAAGUAGCGACAGCGAUUCGGAUAGUGACGCCCCUGAUAAUGUCCAAAUCAAGAACGGGUAUGGAACGGUGGCGCCGUCUAAAGCAAAUGGACACGAUCUGGCUACGCUGGACAACGACCUGCAGCUCUCAGAAUCCGGAUCAGACUCCGAUUAACUGGACUUGGCACUAGUUGGAUAGCUGAUGGUUUACCCCACUACCGCAAUGGUACGAUGAUGCUGAUGAUGAUGGAUGAUGACGGCAAUGUCAAAGCGACAAUCCGAGUGAUAAAUGCGAAAUUAUACUUGAAAAUAUUUAUAUGCUGUGAAUUAUUCUACGGCGCUGUAAUAAACGAAGGCAAUAGAAA